AUGCGUUCACCCCGAGGUUUGUUUUCCAAUUUUUUCACGUUUCUGUUUUAGAAGUCGAGAUGCAGUUGGCGUAUUACCGAGAGAAGUACAAGGUCAAACCGAAGAGUUUUGUCCCACUCCACCACAUUUUCAGCGAAAACGGAUUGUAUUGUUGUUCUCUCCGGUGCCCGUUCUUGUUCUCCCCUGCAGACAUCAUCUUUGAACAGAAUCAACUUCCUCAUACGAUGCAAGAGCGGAAGAUUUACGCUAUCCUACACUUGAUGCUUCAUCGGACAGUCGUCUCAUCGCCCCGGUAAGAUUCAUUUCGUUUAAAUACCCAAUUGUUUAGACAGGCCUUGUCCUCCCGGCACCCGUUCAGACGGCAUUUGAUGUAAAAAAGUCGGAAGAUCGUCUUCAACACUAUGGAGCAACUAUUAUUGAGGUUCUGGGAGAAGACGUCUACAGGUCAUUGUUCAACUACUUGCAGGAAGCGAAGACAUUGAAUCCUGUGGAUUUUGAGGAAUUAUGUCGUCAGAUAAACGGAAAAUGUCGUCCUCUUGCUCUUCUGGCUCCGGUUUUGCGGGAUCCGAACAAUGUGCUUUUGAAUGAUUUUAGAAAUCUUGUCACCCUUCAAGCACAAGCGGUUCAAGUGAGUCAUGCGGUCUAUUAUAAUAAUAUUCUCAAGUUUUUCCUAAACGGCGAGUUUCCCGACGGUCAGUUGUCAUUUGGCUUCAACGGAGAUGCCGUAAUCGGUGAGGAUGGCCACGGGACUGAUAAUGAGGUCAACAAUAACAAUGAGGCUGACAGUGGGGACAACAAUGACGAUGGGACUGACAUUGAUGAGGCCCGGAAUCUUCCCGUCGACCUUCCAAAUUUUGAACAGGAUCUGCCCUCCCAAGGUGAUUGUCGUCCUCCCGCAGUUUCGACCCGCGAAGUCCGAUUGGAGGACUUACCAUCGACCAGCCGAGCUUCCCGCCCAGAGUCUUCUGCUGGAACCCAAUCAAGCUAUGGUCGUCGUUAUCGCCCCAAUCGUAUUUUCGAUCCAUCUGAUAAUCAAUAG